AUGGCAUCGAUGAAAUAUGUAUUGAUCUUAAUUAUGAUGCUGGGAAUCACGUACCCUACACUGGGAACAACCGAAGACUCUUAUAGGAACGUGUUGGGAAUGAAUUUUCCAUACGGCAAAGGAAUGAACAAUGAUUUGCAACUUGCAAGACUGCUGACGUUGCCACCCUGCCCCUGUCAUCACUCUAAGCGCAACUCCGAACUCAUAAAUUCGCUACUGGGCUUACCGAAGAACAUGAACAAUGCUGGAAAGUAAAAUUACUGACAUUUAUUGGCAACAAUGUUACACUUUAUUUAAUGUAUACAUUUCAGAGAAGCUUCUAGGCUUGUAACAUACUGA